UGGUCCUGGACACCACCUGGCCGCCGACUUACAACGUAACGCAACCACCCUUCGAUCCAAUGAGAACCAUCCAUCAAGCAGCCCUGACCCGUUGACGAUGAGAAACCGGCACGCACUGAGACAGGGGAUUGGCUGGCUGAGCUUUCCGCGACAUGCUCUCAUGCUGAUGGGUGCAUCCUGCGCAGGUGUCGUGGUUGUCGGUGUUCAUCUUCAACCUGGCCUACUCAAUCACCCCCUGAUCCUUGGGGGCGACUGCCGUGGGAAAAGGUUGCAGGCGCUUUGGCCAGCGUCUGAUGAACGGAAAUCCUCCCGACCGUUUCCAGGAACCUCCGUUCACAAGUCCCACAUGCCGCCCGCCCCCUGCUCUUGAUCCUACAGGGGUUAUCUGCCUGCCGGCUCAUCCCUCAUCUUCUCCUCUCGAUCUUGAUGUCCGGUACAAAGUACCAGCUACUCUUGACACUUCAUCUUCCUUUGCAAACAUCUGUCCGGGACAAGCAGUAUUAUCGCAGCCGCAAAGGCCGCACCCAUUGGUCUCUGGACUAACUAGUAAGGCAAACCUCCCCGCUCGUUGUGUUCCCGCUACAUCGGGGGCAGAAAAGUUAUGCUCCAGAGGUUGUGCACCCCAGCGUCGUGCUGUGGGAUGCCGGGUCCACACCCAGGCUACCAUUUUCUGGGGAGCAGCAGGGGGUGAGGGGUGUUUACCGCAUGCGACCUGGAGGCGUAAACUCAGCCAGAUGAGCGCCACUUCUCUCGCUGUUGGUCCGACCCUGCACUUCCAGCGGGCCUUGCACCCAGAACAGGAUCUUGCCGAGACAAUGGGAAGCAGUGGAGCCAACUAUCUCCCUCAAAGCGGUCUCAUGGAGGUCCUUUCUUCAAUGUUGACCUUGAGAACAGCCGCCUUUAAGCCGCACGCCGGGAUCCACCUCGCUGGCGGGUCUUCUCCGGAUCCCGACCGUCCGAGGAGUUGCAACGAGCCCCGGGAUUGCCCACUGGCAGGCGUUCAGUGCCGGCCUCCUCACGGAAGUGGUCUGGGUUGGGCUUAGUGUCAGGUUAUUAAUAACAGGAACCUCCGUACCGAGACCGUGUCUUGUCUUCGCUUGGCCGAGGCGUCCCAGAUGGCUCUGGAGGCCCAUGCCGUUUCUUACUUCGAUGCUUUCAGGGUGUGGUCACUGUGGUGAUCACGCCGAUGCUGCCCUCCACCCCGACGCUUUACACUUGAUGUUCGCUUGCAAAUCAGGGACACGGCUCGGCUGGCAGCUGAUCAGUUGCGUGAGCAGCACACACGCUGUUACAAUCCGUCAGACCCAUCCCUCCUUGAAUGCAGGACUCAGCUCUCGUCAACACAACCACUCCCACGUCCAGGAUGGAUGGAAUCUUGAGACAUCGGG